GCUUUCUGGUAUGUUUAGAGUGGACUGACAGAUAGAGUGUGGCAUGUUCAAGAGGUAAUGAGCGAAAUCAAUUGAAACUGUAAUUUGGACAUUACGUUGCAUAUCUCUUUCGGGUCUCCUGAUCCGCGGUACCGCCAAAGCGAAAGAACCUUGCGACGGAAAACAGCUCUAUCCUCCAUUCUCCCUCCAAUACCUGACCACACGAUGAAUUUCCUUACCUCUAGAGUCCUGUCCAUAGGACGCCAGGCCCUUGCCCAGAAGCCAGCAAUCUUCACACAACGAGCGUGUUACUCUGCGGCCAGCACAUCUUCAACGAACACCUUCAAAACACACGUAUCAUACAAGCCCAACCCUCUCCAACACCCCGUCAACCCCAACAGGAAGAACAAGAUUCCAUACAAGGAUCGCCAACUCAAGCAACCAUUCGUCCCUCCAGCAGCAAUCAAAAACCUCGACAAACUCGGCGCAACCCUUCGCUACGUUGUUCGGCGGACGCCAUCCUCCCAACUCCCUGUAUACCGCAAGUGGAUGUCUGGUGGCAACCGCAUGAUCGUUAUCAUUAAAAAGAUUGAUGGAGACCGCUCCAAGUUUAUCCAGGAUUUGGCUAGGGACUUGGAGAUUAAACCAGUGGAUAUUCGAUUAAAUCCUACAACACAACACGUGGAGAUCAAGGGUCAUGUCUACGAUAAGGCAGUUGAGUGGAUCCUGAAGACCGGCUUUUGAAGAGCCGGUCAUGAGUGAUGUAUACGGAUUAGCCAGGUCUUAUCCUUGACUCAACAUAUAGGAGGAAUCAAAACUGUAUCAUAUUGACCAGUCACCAUAAGGGGCGACACAAGAUGUACAAUACAUGUAGUAAUGCGAGCGCAUCAUAGAAGCAUAUUUUCGUUUGUCCCUAAUGUCUGAAUUUGUUCACCAUUCCAACUUCCUUUAUACACCUGUACAUAGACAAGCAGUUUCAUCAUCACCUGUCUUGUCCCCAAACCAUCGACUCCAGAAUGCAAGUCUAAACGAGAAGCGCACGCUUCAAAUGACAAGACACCAAUCCCAUGUUUCUCAAAACACUAACAUACAAGCUUGAAGAUGCGGUAAUGCUAUAGAUUUUGAUCCAAAAAUACAAUCCCGGUGCGACUAUCACCUCCCAAGGGCAAAAAAGGUUGAAAGUUUUUGCAGUACUUCAUCCUUUGACCAUUCAGCAGAUUGCAUUGACAGCGCUUCAAGCAAAGCAUGAGGUGCUGGCAUAGCUUUGGCGGGUAUGGAUGACGUUGGAUCGUUGGGAUCUCUGGCCUUCUCAGCAAGUCGUCUUAAUAGAGCAACUGCAACAACGACGAUAUACACCAGCUCAGGGUCUUUUCGGGGUGCUGUUCGGGGACCUUGAACUUGGGGUUGCUCGUAUAGUUGACUGAGCUCCCGGAUAAGCCUGAAUAGAUUCUGGGCGAAAUCAUUGCCAGACGAUAGCCAAGAUUGGGCGACUCCGCUGUCAUGGCCCGGAGCAAGUGAAGCCAAGAUUUCAGCAGAAAGAAGCCCUUGCAUCAAGAAAGGCUUUCUAACUUCGACGAGGGAUGGGAGGUUAGGUUGUCUCGUCUGUGUCUUGGCCUUAUCGGGUAUGGGUGCUAUGGCCAAGCCGAAGGCACGAGUAAGUAACUCAUAAGGAGGGCUGCUGUUCGAGUCAAGUGCGAAGACAGCUUUGUAAUGACCCCGAUUGGGUUCAUCACGAGCUAGUAGCUUCGCAAGUGCAUCGACAGCAUGUGGCAGGUAGGCGUGCAAGCUUGGUUCGUAUUGCGUAAAGAAUAAGGUUCCAUCUGUGACUGAAGGGUUGGGCGCCGGGGCAAAUGCCAGAAGAAACUGCAAGAGGCAGAGAGCCUGUUCGCGUCCAGGUAUCUCUACAGACCCUGCAAUAUUGGAGAGCAAAAUUACAACAUCCUUCAUGAAAUCGAGAGUAUUGUUGUGUGAUCGAAGAAGCAUAGUUCGGGUACCGAGGUAUCUUAUGACAGCACAGACAAAUUUGAUAACAAUCUCAUCGGCAAGUACAGAAUGAUUAUCGUUCUGUUCGCCGGGGAACGAAAGGUUUCGAAGAAUAGUUGUGACGCAUAUUAGACGAUCAACGGCCCGGUCGAGCUCAUACUCUUGAGUGCCAAACACUGGCAGAUCCCGGACAUUAAACCUUUCAAGACGGCAGGCCCUCAAGACGUCUUCGUAUGGUGAUAUUUGAAUCUCAUCGGAGACUUCGGCUGUAUGCUCAGCCAGCAUCUCCACUUGAUCCUCGGCACAUUCGAUGAGAGCCUCUAUUAGCUCGUCACAGUACCGAAGCUGAAUAAAAUGCAAUUGGUUCAUGGAGCACGAUGCAGCUGCCAGUACAUCAAGGGCUAGGCGCGUCUCGCCAUGAAUCCCGCUCUGCAAACUCUUAGUAAGAGCACCGAUAUCGAUGUUCCCCAGUUCCUGAAGAGGAGGUACGUCAGGCUUCCAGCGUUCCAGUUCCGCUCCAAGUUUGCUAAACGCAUUUAGAUCAACACCACCAAAUGUUGAUAAUUCGCGGGCACAAGGGCUGUACUCGUCAGUUUGAGGUGCGAGCCUAGGCAUUUUUUCCACAACCGCAGGUGCUGCUGAGGCUUGACGUCCUUCAUUUUGUGAUAUGCUUCCAGCCCUGCGGGUUGCCGGAGAGGGGGCGCCCUGGAACUCUGGCACAGCAGAAGCGUCGAUGGUUUGCGAUAAGGUGCGAUUUUGACCUGGCAUCACUGGAGGCUGCGGCUGCAUCUGAGGCUGGGUUGUGGAAAAUCCGUUAACUGGAGGCUGUCCUGGUUGCAUUUGCUUCAUGGGAGUUUGUUGCAUUUGAGCUGGAGGCCCAGAUUGGCCCAUGGCUCCAGGGGUCAUCUGUUGUCCAGGUUGCAUCUGCUUUUGGGGAGUAGCUUGUCCCAUGAGCGUGCCUGGAGUUUGUGGCUGUUGUGGUUGCUGUUGGGAUUGUUGCUGCGAUUGUUGCUGUUGCUGUUGCUGUUGCAUCAUCCUUUGCUUCUGUUGUUGAGCGAUCCACACUUCCUCGAACUUAUAAAGGUUGCGUUCAUAGAUCGUCUUCAACGUCUGCGGAACAAUGGGAUUCUGGGGUGGCAAGCCAAGCAUCUGAGCAACAUGGGGCCAGCCGUUAGGGGUUGUAGUUGCCUGCUUGUAUCCUCCCUUAUUCUGAACCGCUUGAAACAACACCAUGAGAUUAACUGGUCUGUCCAUCACCAUGGGAUUAGGAUCCAAUUGCAGGCCUUUUGAGUUCAUUAGUGUCGUAAGAUUCUUCAUAAAUUGCUCGGGAUUCACGUUAGCCAUCAUCCUCUGCUGAGGCCUCAUGCCUCCUUGCUGCAUCUGGCCAUUGGGCAUUCCGGGUACUGGCUUAUUAGGCAUCAUACCGCGGCCCAUAUUUUGCGCCUGCAUCUGUGCUUGGAUUUGAGUAUUGCCUUGCAGUUGUUGUUGCAAUCUCAUCUGAUAAGCGGCCAUUUUCUGCGCGUCCGCCAUGCCCGGGCGUUGAGGAGUUUGUUGCCCUUGUUGCUGCUGGCCUUGUUGUUGUGGUGUGCCCUGUUGUUGUUGACCCUGCUGCAUUUGAGGGGGGAACAUAUUGCCUUGCAUCUGGCCCAUGUGUUGCGGCAUUUGACCCAUCUGCUGCGCCAUAAUUUGGUUGCCGGACAUCGCAUUCGGAUUUGGUGAAGGUCGCGCGUUCGAAGGUGAUGGAGCAAAGUUUGGGUUGAAACCUUGGGCCAUAUUUUGCAUAUAGGGGUUUGGCUGAGGAGUGCCAUGUUCGGACGGUAUCGGUGAUGUCUGAGGGUUGAAUUGCUGGCCACUGGGAGAGAAUGGGUGUGGUGACGCGGUCGCGACCCGUUGAGGAACACUUCCUGGUCGCAUUUGGUUGCUCAUUAUCGGAGAGGGGCUCGCAUUGGCGGAACCAUUAGGUUGAAGAUGAGAAAAUUGUCCAGGGUUUUGCUGAACCGCGCCGGGUUGAAAGCCUCCAGCAAAUGGUUGUUGCUGCGGCGUCUCAGAGCGCGACGUUGGGAGCAUUCCGGGAUUUUGGCUAGGAGAACCAGCGAGACUAUCCUCGCGAGGACGAGGCCGCUUCGAUGGGAUAACGGGAUUGGUCUGGUAUACAGGAUUCUGAAAAGAUGGUGAAGCAUUGCGCAUGGAGCCAGGGCCAUUAGCCAUGGCGCCGCCCAUUUGCUGAUUAAACUGAGCAGGAUUGAAUUGGCCCGGAUUAGCCAUGAAAGCGGAAGGAUCCAUCAUGCUACCGGCAGCGUUAGAGUCGUUCAUGUGUGGAAAGCCGUUGCCAUUGUGGUUGGGGACGGCGUCGUUCAUCCAGGUGCUCAUGGCGAUCGACCCAACAGGCUAUGCGCGACGGAGUUAGCGAUCAGCAGGCACGCGAAAAGCGUCCAUGGAGGAGCGCCAAGAAGACGAGGAUACAAUGACGGAAGGCUGAGAUAGGAAGCGAUGAGUGGGAGAUGAGGCAGUGACACGGUGGUGAUGGGACAAGUCGCGUCGCGGCGUGGGUUUGGUGGAGAGCAGUGUAGUGCGAGAGACCAGACCGAACCAGAACCAGACCAGCGAGAAGACCUUGUGUCAGCCUGCCAGUACUGGGAAUGGGCUUAGGCAAAGGGGACAGGAAAGUGGGAAAUAAGAAAACGCCCAGAUUGGAUUGGUUGGCACGGUGGUCGGUGCAGGGCGACGCGCUUCAAUCAAGCGGCAGAUGAUAGAUGGGAAUGACGGGUCGGGUGAGAAUGGAUGGAAAGGUAGAGGGAGAAAGCGAAAGCCGCGCGACGGGAGCAAGAGAGCAAACGGACGGGCAGCGGACAACGGACUGGACAGCACUGUAGCAGGCUAGCAGCCACCUUUUCAGUAGGCAACCCAGCAAGCGACGCCGCCAGCAGUGGAGAGCAGGGUAAUGGACGAGCUGAGCCAGCCAGUGAGGGAGAAUUUUUUCGCCAGGCGGGUCUCCGUCAGCAGUAG